GCAGUUGCGCCCCUCGUCUUCGACAAUUGGGAGGACAUCCAAGGCAAGCCACACGGACAGUACCUCAGGCCCAGGAGCAAAACGAACGAGUCCGUGGACUCGGGGAUGCAGCCGAACAUCUUGAUUCAGAUCACAGUCAGCAAGCGGCACGAUCUGAAACCUGGCGGUAUGAAGAGAGCGUUAGAGUUCUUGGAGAAGAACGGGCCCGGGGCUGUCGAGCUCUAUUUCGCACUUCCAUCGGAUGCCUUCAAGAGCUUCUCAAGGACAGAGAUCAAGCCAGCUGCUGUGAACAGCGCAGUCAAGCAGUUCGCGCUGGAAGUCGGCUUCUAG